AUGGCUCGCUUUUCCACGUCGCCUGCCUGCGGCGAGGGAGAAGACGCGUUUUCGCAUUCCUUAUCUUCGGCGCGGAGUAAUGACGGCAAAGUCGGCUCGCUGUCGGGAGGAGGCGGCUUCGCGGCGCAGGCGAAACGGCUGAAGAAGCUGACAGCGGCGCUUGUCCAGGGGCGCCUCUCAAGCGCGCCCGCGAGCUCAGAGGAUCGACCGAGUGAGCGGCGCGAGGCCUCUCUGCCUGACCUUGAGAGAAAGAAGAAAAGCGCGAAAUACCCGGGCGACGGCAUACGCAAAUCGUCGCACUCCCAAGAGAGAGAAGCGGAGGCGGCGUUCUCAGGCUUCUUCUGCGCGCGCGAAGGGACAAAAAGCGGAGACUGUCGGUCCUCGCGACCCGAGAAGGCUGCCCUCGCGCCCUUCCUCACAGAUCGCCUCGUCGGCGAAGACGCACUCAAACUUAACAGCUUCGAGUUCUCCGGGCUGGCGAAAGGCAACUCCGAAAACUGCGCCUUCGGGUGGUCGGGAGGAUCGUCGAAAGCAAUCGAGCUGCCCAGCAACGUCGACGAAGCCGGACCGCAGCUCGUCGACCGAAACUCGCUCGGCGCGGCGGCCAGUUCAGACUGCGAGCGCAUGCAUGCGCCUCGCGAGGGCUGUCCGCGCGUCUUGCCCUUUCAAGAGAUCUUCAGAAUGUUUAAUCCGUACAUUCCCCAACCGAUCGGCUCUCCAGCGCCAGCAGAGCCCCUCGUCGAGGAGAGCGAGCAGCGAGGCGCAGAAGAAGAAAGAGAGGAAUCCUCGCUGGAUAAGCGGGAAGACGCGGAAAGCGAGGAGGAGACAGGACGGGACGACGACUGGCAGACCGUGCCAGACGCCGCGCAGAGCGAGGCAGGCGACCAGGACGCUGCGGCGGACUCGGCGACGCGAGUAGAGGAGGCGAGGAAAAGCGAGGUGGAGGAAGAUCCGCAGAGAGAGAAGGCGGCAGACGAGGCAACUGCGUCUGCGAGCGCCGCAGAAGAUCUCUGCGAAAGCGAGGCGGAGAAGAAGGAGCAGCAGGGCGGUGAAGCGCUCGUGGGGAGCCUGCAAGAGCUGUUGCCGGAAGGCGGCGACGAACCUACAAAGCCAGAAUGGGCAAAUGACAUCAAGUCGGCGGCUGAGGCGGACUCGGGCGCUCCACCGAGUAGAGACUCGGCAAAGCGGAAAGAAGAGGAGAAACCACUCGACAGGGAGAACGAAGAAAGUGAGAGGGAGGGAGAAAAUGAGCAGCCGCGGGAACCGGACCCCCGUAACUCUCGGUUUGCGCUUCUCGCAGGGGAACUGGGCUCCGUGGCUUCCGUUGAGGGAGCGGAGAGCCUCGCGGGCGUCCGCGAAGCGCGAGAGCGUGAAGGCGAUGUCCUGAAGGCCUCGUCCCCGCUGGCGCUUUUGGAGAGCGACGACGGAGAGGGCACGCUUUCACUCGGGUCGCGUUCCCCGCCAAGCAGAGCUCAAGAAAAGACAGACGCCGAGCGCCUGAAAUGGGACGACGCGGAGGAAAGGAGACAGAGAGACUGCGGAGUCGAACUUGAAUUGAAGGGAGCUCAAUCGGAAGACGAAGAGCAGAUCUACAGGGACGCGGACGCGCUGUCUGCUCUGGCGGCCGACUCGAAGGGUGAAGGCGCGGGGCGAGGCAGCGAGCAGGCGCGGAGAGGUCUCGUCAUCGGACGCGCGGAGUUCCCAGAGUGGCUGAUGCAGAUCGACGGCGAAGAAGACUCCGAUGACGGCGGAAAACACAAUCCGUACAGACACGUUCGCUUGCGCAAAGUCGGGGUUCGCGAGCUGCUGCGCGACCGCCAGCGCCCGAAUAGCUGCGAGAGUCUGCUGUCGUCUGCGGGCGACGAGUCGCGCUCAGCCGUGUCCUGUCUGUCGCCGUCGCUCUUGCUGGAGCGCAGCCGCGAGUGCCCGUCAGCCUCGUUCUCCCUCGACGAUGCCUGCGAGACCGACGGCGGGCGAGGAGAUGUGAGCCGGAGAGAGAGAUCUGAAGACGACGGCUUCGAGGCGGGCGGCGCGGGCGAGUCCGAUGAGAGCGCGGCGCGACUCUCGUCGUGCCGCUCGGAGGCGGCGCCGCCUGGCGGGGCGGGACGGAGCGGCGGCGCGGCGGCGCGCGGCGGCCGCGAGCGGGAAGCCGAGGGGGAGGGCGCCAGGCGUCUCACUGCGGCUGAGAAGUUUCGCCUGGAGCAGGAGCGUCUCCUCGCCGAGAGACAGCGGCGCAUCGAGCUCGACGAACUCCUGCGCCUCUUCGAGGAACGAAAAAAACUCAAACAAGUCGAAGAAGAGAGAGAGGAGGCGCCUGACGCGAAGGAUGACGCGCCUGAGGAGGACUCCGCCGAUGAGAGUCGCCAGUUGUCAGUUUCGGCGCUCCGAGCGCGGUUUGAGAAGUCUCAAAACGCUUGGUUUACCGAGCAGCUCGGCAAAUAUCGAAAGAGCGACGGCGCUGUGUGA